AUGCUCCUACUACCGACAAAACGAGCCAUUCGCUCAAUCUCACUCGGAUUGGAACCAGAGAAAUGCCGACCAACCGCAGGCCAUGCUGGACCACUUUGCUUCCACCCAGACCGGAAGUUAGGAACGCACGAUAUGGUACUGUACGAGUGCAAUGCAGUACCAAGGGACAUGGGAUAUGCUCGAGUACUCGUACAGUACAGUACACGACGGAAAAACGAAGUGCACUUUCCGCACAAUUACCAUAUCCGAGCUCUCCCCCCAGCUGUGAACUCUUGGUAUUUCCUGUCAGUCAGUCAGCCUGAUGGGAGCCGGGUAGCAGAUGGAAUGUGGAGCACACCACCGCAAGAGUGUGAUUGCCGCGCAUAGCACGGGCGCCCACGCUGGGGACAAUUAGGGGAGAUUUGUUCAUCCGAUAUAUUCUCGAAGAAUCCCUAAAACGCCUCCAAUCUUUUCUCCAUCUUGCUCGAUUGACGAUUUUAAUCUACCAGGUCAGGGAUUUAAUCAAUCUGAGGGGAAAGGAGAGAAUAGAAAAAUUCCCCCAGUAUGAUACCGGUAACUUCCCAACAGAGUAUCACCAACCGAAGCUGGAAAGUCUAGACAUAGCGGUAGACUUCUUUUCUUCUUUUCUGUCCCUUUAUUCCUUUCCUUUCCUUUCCUUUCCUGUUCACAUUUAUGGUCCGCAUCAACAUGGCGAGAUUCUAAAAUUUAGCAGCGCGAGUACCCGCGCAGAAGAUGGACAUUACAAACAAACCUCGACCCGUCAGCCCUCGUGACACCGGGGCAGACUGUAGAGAGUUUGAAGAAAUUGGUGCAGUGCGUACGGCAGAAGCAACGAGCCGUGCACGGUGACAGCAAAGUUUAAGGGUAGCGAAACGAAAGCACUGACAAGAGAUCGGGAUGCCACGUUUUCUCGUUUUCUCGUUUUUUCCUUCUUCUUUCCCUUUUCUUCCGCCCCCUUACUUUUCCUUUGGCCCCGGUUCCCUCGCCUGAUCCUCCGAAACAUGUUUUUGUUUGCCAAUGGUGUACGUGUAGUACGAGCCGCACCACACCAUCCGAAGGUGGCAAAAA